UGACCAUCGAGCAGUCGGACUCGCUGAAGGCCGAGAGGGACAUGUUUCAGGCUCUCAAGGCACGGAAGGAGGCCUUGGAGGAGGCGCUGAGGAGGAAGAAGGAGGAGUUGAAGAAACUAUGUCUGCAGGAGGGGGAACUGACGGGGGAACUCCCCAAAGACAUACCGCUGGAGCCCGGGGAGCAGGCCCCCGUGUUUCGGAGGAGGGUCGGGACGGCCUUCUCUCUGUCUGUGAAGAACGUACAGGACACUGAUCAGCUGUCCACGGACCUGUCCAAACUGGAACUGGAGGUGGAGCUUCAGGGAAAGAUAACUUCUGCCGCCCACCGCCUGGCCAGCGACAAGACGGUUAGCAAAUAUGUCCGCAAGCAGCGCCGACAGUCGUACACGCGGGCACAGGGCAAGCUCAAGGACAUGGAGAAGAAGCUGGGGGACAUGCGGAAACAAGCCGGGAAGUCGCCGUCCUCAUCGGGCCAGCCGAGCCGACCUUACCAGGAGAGCGUGCGAGCCACCACCACAGGAAAACCUCCGCCAUCCCAGCGACAAGGUCAAGGUCAGGCUAGUGUCGGCCAGGAGGAGCAAGGUCACCGCAGCGCCCUCAGCCCCAGCCACAGCAGCCCCCAGCUGUCGGCCACCUAUGGACCAAAUGGCAACUUUCUGGGUCGGAGAGUCCACAAGUACCCGGCCGCCCUCGGGGAGAGGAAACCUGGCGAGGCAGACAGCAGCAGCGAGGGUGGCCCCGGCACGCUGCACAACAUGUCCGCCAACCUGCGUCUGGACGGCAGCCAUGACAGCGGCUUCAGCUCGGCCAACAACAUGUACAACGUUCACUCCCAGCGAACCUCGCACUACGAGAGCACGGACCAGCUGCGCUCACCCGCGACCUCCGAACCCGGGGUCCUCUCCCCUCUACAGUCGCAGCUGAACCAGGACUCGAACCAGCAGUACCGCGCGCCAGUGGGCGGCAAGUACGUCUCCACUGACGAACCCUUCCAGCGCCGCGCCGGCCCGCCCCCAACCGCGGGCCACCUACAUUAUGGCAGUCUUGACCGCAAGAGGCGGGAUUAUCGCCAGGAGGUGUACCGCGACGUGUCGCCCGUGCGCUACAAGACGCGCCAGUUUGGAGGUCCCGGCGGCGACCUUGGCAGCCAUAUUGAGGAGAGGCCGGGGUUUGAGGAGCAGCAGGCUCGAGGGUUCACCACAGAAGGAGUCAGAGGUUACGGGGAAGAGGUCAGCCCGGCGCAUGUGAUGGUGGAGGUCCCCGUGCUGCACGAGAGAGGUCAGUCUCUGCCUGCGACCUCCGUGACCUCGGCGGCCCGCCAGGCGUGGGUGGACGGGCGGGCACAGACCCCGGACCAGGACCGCCUGAGGCAGGGUGUGUCAGGUCUCGGCCCACCAUCGCCCGCCGCGGGAUUCUCUGCUGACCAUGUGUACAGCCCGCGGAUGUACGAGGGCUCGGGUCCGCACAUCUACCAGGAAGUGGACGUGUCGCACGUACAUCACCAGCCAGGUCCCCGGGACAUCUCGGAGGGGGGAGGCCUAUCAGGCGCACACCACACAGCCUCGCAGCCCGUCUUCCUCAGGACAGAGCGCAGUAUGUCUCCCAUGAGGAGCACCGGACACUUGUCUCACCGGCCCGCGGGUGGCCUUGAGCGAGCAGCCUCGUCUCUAUCUCAACAACAACAUCCUCACCACCAGUUCCAGCGGGCCACCUCCCCCGGCCACCCGCCGACCGCCCAGUCUACAAACUACUUCCCUGACAACGCGCCGCGCUCCAUCCCCAUCCAGCGCGUCGACUCAACAUCCAGCGCACACACGCCCCCACCCUCCUCCCCCCUGUCCCAGUACCCUCCCUUGUCCCAUGGUGGGGGAGGGGCGGGGUCACCUCUGUCGUCUGGCCCCUCGUCUCCCAUGAGCCACGCCUCCAGCACCCUGGUCACGGUGACCCGGCUACAGCCGCACACGGAGAUGAGCAAACCCUACGAGAUCUCCGACUUCUACCGCUACAGCGAGAAACUGCGGCGCCAGCGAAUCAUCGACCAGUACCAGCGAGAGCUGAUUGGGGCACACAAUCUCUCCCGCUCCUCCUCGCCGCAAUCGGUGGACAGCGAGAGCCAACACUCGUCUCACUCUGGCUCGGCUGCUUCCUCCUCGCAACACUCCUCUGUGCACCCCGCAAUGACCCCCCAGCCCUCGUCCCCCUCCGCGAUGGGUUUCGCGAGCCUCAAACCGGGCGCGUCCCCCUCCCCCUCCCCCUCCCCCUCCCCACGUGGCCCCAUCCAACACUACGGCCGCUCCUCCUCUGCCCCCCUCACCUCCAGCCUCCCCCCACACCACCCCCACACCCACAGCCAGUCUUCCCUGCUCCACCACCCCCACCACCCCCACCACCACCACCCCCUCCACCACUACCAGCCUCACGUCUCCUCUGCCUCCUCCUCAUCAUCAUCAACAGCAGCGGGUGGGGGCGUGUCUCACUUCGACCAAUCUCCGAGCCCAGCGUACCCGGACGGACAAAUGAGCUCUUCCUCUUCCUCCUACACGGUCAAGUCUUCGUCGUCGCAGGGUGCCAACGUCCACUACGCUGUCCAGUCGUCCUACAAGGUCCAGCAGGUCCACUCGUCAGCCAAACACUGCAUGUACCAGCCGCCGCAGCCAAUGACCUGCAAGCCCGUGGUGCGCAACCCACCCUCUAACCUCCCCGACAAUCACAGGAGAUGA